ACGUAAGCGGCGCUACUUGUCGUGACUGACUGAUGCCUUGUUUAACCAUGGAGAAGUACUCGUUGUUCAAUGACAAACUGUUCCACCAAUUGCCAUCCAGAGGUGCAGACCGUCUCGUUUUUCCCAUUGGAAGUACUAGAGAGAAAUGACCGUUUUAAACGCAGAAGUGCACUCCUCACGUUUCAUCCAACAAUAAGGUGCUUUGAUGGACGUGUCCAUUUGAGGUUAUCCUGGUGAACAUUUCACCACCGUCGCUUGUGCUUGGGAGCCAAUAGAAUGACGCUUUUCUCUACGUAACCAAACCUGCACUGCCCCGACACAAUAGAGCACCUUUACGCGCGUGCCGAGCUUUAGCUUUUUUAAUUUUUUUUAAUCACACGUAGUCUUAACACAGUGCACAACGGUGUGGCCGGUUCGUGCCUGCAGCCCGCUUCGGUGCAACUCGCACCGUGCACACGGAGUCCCUGGCGCGGUCGCAGGGAAAGCCCAGCCUCCACGAUGCGUGGAUAUUCGGUGGCGGACUCGUUAUAGCAUCUCGGUGAACGAUGAUUGCGUUACGGAUCGGGCUCGUCUGCUGUGCCCUUUUUUUUUUCAAAGAGCGGAUGCUUGGCAAAGGCGAACCUGCCGAGGAGAGCAGCCUACACGCAGCAAGCCCCGAGCUCGGCUAGGGAGACAUGGGCAUCACUACGAGGGCGAAAGAGGCACGAUUAAACUUACAACAAUGUAAAAAGGUAUCCGGUACAAUUUCGAUGUUCAGAAAACAGUCAACACUUAUGAAUAUGGACACUGAUGUUUGGUAUGACUGAGAUCAUUCCCAUCUAGAAGGAUCUUGAAUUUAAGAGAUUUUAUUGUGGAAGUCCAGUCCCUGUCUACCACAGUGUUCACCAUGAGCCAGCCCCAGGCCUCUCAGCCAGCCACUGCACCCGACCUGGAAGUGAUCUCGCAGCAGGUGGAGGACGAGGGCCAGGGCACGGCUCCCAUGCAGCUGGUGAGCUUCGCUUACAGGGACCUGCCGUUGGCCGCUCUGGACAUCUCACUGGCUGGGUCUCAGCUCAUCUCCAACCUAGAGGAGGACAACAGAGAAGGGUCCAACUGGCUGAAGCCGUGCUGUGGGAGACGGGCGGCCCUGUGGCAGGUGUGCCUGCUGAGUGCAGGCUUUAACUGUUUCCUGGUGGCUUGCGUCAUCCUGGUGGUGGUCCUUCUGAGUGCGGAGCUACUCAUCGACACCAGGCUGCUGCAGUUUACCAAUGCGUUCCAGUUUGCUGGCAUCAUCCAUUGGAUCAGCCUGGUCACUCUCUCACUCUUCUUCACUGAGACUGUCUUCAGGAUUGUGGUACUGGGGAUAUGGGAUUACAUAGAGAACAAAGUCGAGGUGUUUGACGGCGCCGUGAUCGUGCUGUCGCUGGCUCCGAUGGUGGCCUCCACCGUGGCCAACGGCCCCAGCAGCCCGUGGGACGCCAUCAGCCUCAUCAUCACCCUGCGCAUCUGGAGGGUCAAGCGGAUCAUCGACGCGUAUGUGUUGCAGGUGAAGGUGGAGAUGGAGCUGGAGCUCCACCAGUAUGAAAAGGCCAAAGCCAUGCAGGAGGAGCAGCUGGAGAGACUCACUCAGAUCUGCCAGGAGCAGGCGUUUGAGAUCAGGCAGCUGCGGGCCCACCUGGCUCAGCAGGACCUGGACCUGGUGGCAGAGCGCGAGGCGGCCAUGCAGAUCCACCACGCGUGGGGCAAGCAGAGCAGCAGCUUCCAGGAGGUGGACGGCCUACGGGCCGCCGGCGGCAACCCGGAGGCCCGAGCCAAGGGCCGAGCACCAGGGGCCCCCUCAGACAACAUUGUUCAAGAUGACAUGAACAAUUACAUCAGCCAGUAUUAUAGUGAGCCAAGUAGUGACAUUGGGGUACCAGACCCAGGUGCACGCAUCAUAACUACUGCAGCCAUAGACGUGCACCUACCCACCAACCCCAGCCAGCUGCCCCCGUCCCUGGUGAGCGCCGACGGGCCCGUGAGCUGGACAGAGCCGGCGGACAGCUCGGUGAGUGAGGCCUCCACCACCACGGUUUCUCGCUCCAGCUGUAGCUUCACCGCCCGCCAGCACAGCAUCAGCAGCCACACACUGGCCUCCACCAGCGACUGCAGCUCCACCGUGCGCGAGGCCUCCACGUCCGACUACAGCGGCGAGCACUGCUGCCCGCCGCCGUACUGCAGCCCGCUGGCGUUGGUCGGGCAGCCCGCCGCAGGCCGAGACCCCAGCGUCGUGGUCAAGGAGCUGCUCUCGUCCCUGUCGGAGGACUCGUGCCUGGCGCAGAAGGGCCGGGUGAACCCGGUGAAUCUGAAGUUGCCCAGCCCGGCCGGCUCGGGGCAGGCCAGCCCGGAGCUGGAGCGCAGGGUGAAGAUUUACAACAAGCGGAACCAGGAGGGCCUGGGGGUGCUCAAGACCAAGCCGCUGAUCCACCUGCAGGGGACCGAGCCGUCGCUGGACGACAAGUACAGGCUCAUGGGGCCAGCGGACACACCGCGGAACCGUGUGCCGGACACGUAGGACAUUUGAGGACAGCAUGGUGGCCACCAGCACCAACUGAAGCAGCCUCUCCCUCUGGCUCGCUGGUCCUAUUUCUCCGUCUCUCUCUCAUGCACUGUCAGCCAGCACUACAGAUUCUGGCUCUCCCAGGCUUCGUGCUGAGAGCGGCUCACUGAGCGACACACCAAGGACCUUGCUCUGUUGUCUUCUCGAGAGGGGUUUCCCACUUAAGGCUAGGAGAUCUUGGCACAAAGCCUGUCUCCUGUUCCUCUCAGCAAAAGCACUUGAACUCUGUCGCUCCUGCCAAAAUUGCACAACCUUCCAGAGCCCAGGGAGAGGCACUUUGGGAGCCAUCACUGGAACAUUUAUCAGGAAUUUCCCAUUUCAGUGUUUGUGUUGGGUGACCGUAUGAAACCAGCAAUGGGGCACAACUGCACUGAAGCUUUGAGAGAGCAGCAUAGUAUUGAAAUGAGGCUGGACUUGUGAAUCAUGUAUUCUUACUUCAGGGUUUGGUUGGGGUGGCCAGGCCAUGAGGUAAUAGUUCAUUUGUUUUAUUUGUAUGAAUAACACCACAGUGUACAGUCCUAAUGAUCUGACUGCUGCAGGGUUACAUUUGAUCUGCGUUCAAAUGUGUCAAGCUGUGUUACUCAGCCAAAUUUCUUACCUUUGCCUUUCUUACUGAUGCUAACAUUUGUAUUUAAAAUUCUAUGACAGGAAAAAGUGCUGAACUCAAGUAUUUUUAAAACCUGCUGAUGAUUUAGUGGGUGGGAAAUUCAGGAAUAUAGUCUUCAAGGGUUUUUAUGGAAAACAAAUGGGGAGAAUGUCAUAACUCCUAACCUUAAUGCCAUUGUUAUAGCAUGAGCCUUUGAAAAGAUCUGUGAUUGAUUUGAUUGAGGCCAAUUAAUCAAAUGUUAAGUCAUUUUAUAAACCGAUAAGAGAACCCGUUAAGCAAAUAAAACUUGGUAAAUUCGAGGAAUGCAUUUUACUUUUGUUCAAAUCAUUUGGCUUCUCAAAUUAUUAAAGGCAGCUUUCUUUGGCAUAUAAAAGCAGAACAGAAAACUACACUGCCACUAGCAUUUUCUUAUAGGCCAGCACUUAAAGGCCCAGACCGUAAAAUUACAUCUUGUCAAAAUAUCAAACGAGCUCACUUUAGCUUACUUUGCAUUGAUUAGGCAUUAAUAUCCAACUGAUAAAAGGUAUUAUAAUAAGUUCAAGUGGUCUUAAAUAAAUCUUAAGUGGUCUUAGAUAAAUCUCAGGGAAUCAAGGAAUAGCAAGUGACAGAUGACAUUUAUUGUCACGCUACAUACUGUGCAACUUGAUUUCAACUUUUCUCAUGGUACAAUCUGACUUUUAAAUCAAUGUCAAAAACAAUGCUGUUUAGAUCACAGUUGCCAUAAGAA